UUUGAUGACCAUGGGCUACCUGCAAAACGAUGUCUAGUUGGAUCCUUGCAUGCAACCGAAAAUAGUGGUGGUAUUGGAAACGUUAUGUUUGAGCUGUUAGGCUUUAUAUCGAUAGCAAAACAACUGAACAGAAUACCAGUUAUCAACAAUCCUAUGAUGGUCAAACGUAUGAAAGAGAUCUCAGAAUACUUUCCACAUAUCACUAGCCAUAUUAAACAAACUGCAUUCUGCGAAAAAUCUGUUCCCAUUCACACACCGCUCGAAUACUGUUGCCGAUAUGAUCCCCGUAUAAUCGAUAAGUUGAAGGGAAGAAACAGCAUUCGUUCGAUAAGUGUACGCCUGCGUUAUUUACAGACCUACAAAUACCUAUGGAACCUGAGCCAUUCUGAGUUACUCCACGCAAUACAAGGUAGUGAAAGUGCUGCGUUUAUCGCCGAAAACAAUCUUUUUCCAAAGCACCUUCCCAAUCGAACAGGUUUGAACAUUUGCGUUCAUACUCGACGUGGCGAUUUCGCCGGGUCGUCUAUGCAUCUUCCUUCGGACAGUCACUUUACAAUAGCAGCGAUACUGUUUAUAAUUGAGAGAGCUCGACUCGAAGACAGUCGCAUUCCUUACAUUUACUUAUUCACCGAUAAUACCGAAUGGACGACCGAAAAAGUAAUGAAGCCAUUCGCUCAACUCAAUAUCAGCAGUAUCGUACCAGAGGUAGCAAAUGUUCAUGAAAGCAGUCCACCUAACGCAGAAUGGGAAUUCAGUAGAAAAUACGUCCGUCCCGGAGUGCGAGAUGAUGAAUUUUUGCCGGUCGAUUUCUGGCCGCAGCAUUGGAUUCCUCUAGUGAACUCUAAGGAUAAUCGAAUCGUCGAAAUUGGACAACGUUCUUGA